AUGCAGAGUCCAGCAGGCUCUAACGGCGAAUGUUCGCCUACCAAGUCCGACCAGCCCACCGGCGUGAUGCUUGCCGCCGCUGACGAUGAUUGCGAAACCACAGAAGAGUUCAAGCUGAGACUAACCUAUGUCAUUGCGCAGAUGAUGUUUGUGAGUGGUGAAACAGCCGAACCAAGCGCCGAAACCACCUGGAUGAUCGAAGAGAUUGUUCGCGAACAAGUGCUUGAGAUGCUUACACAAGCCACCGCGCUUGCGAACCGUCGAGGAUCAAGGUCCAUCUCCAUUGUCGAUCUUAUCUUCCAGAUCCGGCAUGACCGAGCGAAAGUGUCCAGACUGAAAACAUUUCUGUCAUGGAAGGACGUGCGCAAAAACGUCAAAGACUCAGACGACAAGGGGGGCGGUGACGGCGGCGAUGUUGGAGACUUCGAAGAGGCGUCUGGAGGAGUCAACCCAUCAGCACCACAGAAAUCUAGCGGGAACAAGAAAGCCAAAUUGGUCUUGCCGUGGGAAGCACAGUUCUUCUAUGCCGAACAAGUACCCGAACGAGACGACGAGGAAGACGAAGAGGAAGAGGAGCAGAAUGAAGCCACUUUGGCCCGUUUGGCCUCAGCCGAUGAGCGCACCAAGAACAUGACUAAGGAUGAAUACGUGUACUGGUCCGAUUGUCGACAAGCAAGUUUCACAUUCCGCAAAGGCAAACGAUUUCGAGAGUGGGCUGGAUUUGGGACCAUCAUUGAGAGCAAGCCCAAUGACGACGUCGUCGAUAUCCUCGGAUUCCUGACGUUUGAGAUUGUGCAGACGUUGACUGAGGAAGCAUUGAAGGUCAAGGCCGCCGAGGAUCUGGCGAAUAAGAAGGCCAACGGGGGUCGAGGCGAUCAAGACACAAUAAAGAAGAGAAAGCGAGAAGGGUGCAGUCUCUUCGAGAUGCCCGAGGAGGGUAGGACACCCGUGGAGCCGAAGCAUGUCAGGGAGGCAUUCAGAAGAUUGCAGGCUGUGCCCAACCGCUACAAGUUCAUGAGACAGGGCUUUGCAGGCAUGAGGACGCCACUGAGGAUGAUAUGA